AUGGUCCCGGGGAACAAAGCAGCGUGGCCAGUUAUAUCUUUAAUCGUGCGAAAUCUUUCCCCCUUUCCAUCUGUUUCUUUACCUACUUUCAGUCAUCCCUGCCGUUUACUCCACGAAACUGUUGCUGCCCGUUGCUGUUUGAACCCAUCCUCGCCUCCAACGUCUCACCGUUCGACGCCGUCGAGAUUUGCUCUCACGUUCGAUGAAAUUAUCCCUGGGAGGCUUCCGGUUUGUUCCUGCCUUCGAAACCCGAUGUUGACCCUAAUGGAGCUCCGGUUGCUCCACUCCCUUCCAUGGGCGGUCCCCUGCUUCAAGGUGGAAGGUCAUUAUCUGUUUCAAGUGAAGCAUUCAAGCAUGUGACUCGAAGCUAGGGGAUUUAUUUGGGGAAAUGGAUGAAGAGGUUCUCCAUUUACAAUUUACAUAGAGGAAAAACUUAACGAUGCUUCAUCAAACAAACAAAAUUGUUUUUUACUUUCUUUCCCUAUGAAGGAGCA